AUGUCGAACCGUGCCUUGAUUCGCCAUGAGUCCCAGGCCAGGAGGACUGAGAAGCCUCUCCGCGAUGGGGCCACUGACGCGUCCGACAAUGACGACGACGCGACUGGCCGCGGCGUGGGGACGUGGUUCCCGUGCUGGGCCGGUGGCCGCCGGAGGGCACUGGUGCUGGGCAUCGGCGGCCUGGCACUGCUCGCGCUGCUCGCGCUUGCGGCCAGGGUGCUCUCAAGGCCGGAGAAUGGAACGAGCUUGCAGGUCUUCUCGACCUUCGGAGGCUUCCUGUGCACGGCCACGCCCACGUUCUAUCAGCAAGUGCCGGUGGUGGCAGGGAGCUUCUCCUUUGACACAGAGGUGGACUUUAAUGUCGGUUGCCAACUGGUGCCUCUUCCAGAGGAUCCAAUCGAUUCUAGAGUGGAAGUGACUGGGAAGUUUUUUGUCGCUGACACCCUCGAGGUCUUCGCGAACACACUCGACACAGAUCCGGCUUGGAGGAUCACGCUCACUGGUUGGGGUGCCAUUACCCGGCGGCUUGCAUACGCUGAGCCGGGCGUUGAGCGCGGUUCCCGGCGGUUGCAAAGCGUCUUUCGUUGCCCAGAUGGGUGUGAAAUACCAAUUCAAUACGUGAACGAUGACUUUUGCGAUUGCUCGAGUUGUGCUGACGAAGUGGAUUGGACCUGUGGUACUUGUGGAGCUUCCGCCGAGCAGGAGGAAGAGACCGCCGUAGGCGUCGGCGUGGGUGUGGGCGUCAGCACUGGCUUAGCCCUGGGCAUUGGCUUGGGCGUUGGCCUGGGCACCGGCAUCGGCGCCGGCACGGGCACUGCUGGCACGGGCGCGGCUGGAGCGGCUGGAGUGGCGGGUGUGGCGGCUUUGGCAGCGCAAGGGCUUUUGAGGCUUCAAACGCAAAAUACCGCCACAUUGCAAGACCCCAACGUCGUGAAUGCGCUCAAGGACACCAUCGCGCGACUGUCUGGGAGUGGAAUUGCUGCAGCGAUGGUGGAGCUCAUCAUCAACUGUGCCAAUGCAGGGGCUACUUCGGACAUGUCUGCGGUGCCGGCUGUGACUCUGCCUAGUGGGACGGGGCAGCCAUCGCUUCGGCAGGCGAUGGAGAGGCCCGGACCAUCGGCCACACCGAUGCUGCGGGUGGCACGGAGACUGCAAGCGAUGGUGGGGGUGUGCUUUCAGGUGCAAGUGGAAGACAGCUCAGCAGAGGAGGUGUGCCAAACCCUGAGCAGCUAUGACACGAACACCGUGCAGACCGUGCUCUCCUCCGAACUGCUGGAAGCUGGCGUCAAUCCGGAGGAGGUGUCAGUGGUAGGCUAUGAUGCAACACCCAAUCCUCGCUCUUACAAUCCUUUAGAAGGUGCUGACACGAACUUUUUUUGCUCCAGCACCUGGCAUUGA